AUCCAUUGUACUUACCAGAAUCAAAUGUCAUUGAAUCAACCCAGUUUUACAAAAUAAUCAUUUGACUGAUCUUCCUCCAGACCAGCAUACCAAGAAUAGGCUUAAAAGGAGAAAUGAAUCAUACCGAAACACAUGCAUUUGUGCAUCAGCUUUAAAAUCUUAUUCAUGUAUUUGUCUGGGUUCCUUUUCUUGCUACAAUCAAAAGAGAGGCAGAACUGAAAACAAUCAACCCAAGAGAUGGACCUGUCUCAUAAAUUCACUAGGAAAGAGCUCACCUUGCUGUAUGAAGAAGUGCUCUACACCAUUCUUCAUCGUUUGGGCAAACCAGAUCCAAACCAUGUGGCUGAUCCAGAUGAGCUGUAUGCAUAUGUGCAGAAGGCCUUUGGCAUGGACCCAGAUGAACACCGCAUCAUUCUUCAGAGGGUCAAAGAACUAGAGAAACCAAUAUUUUGUCUCAAAGCAACUGUCAAACAAGCCAGAGGUAUUCUGGGUAAAGAUGCCAGUGGACUGAGUGACCCCUACUGCCUCCUAGGGUUAGAAACAAAAAAGCGGGACUCUUCCACCAAUGGCAAUCAAGGGAACAAGAAACGGGCAAAGGCGGUGGUUAAGAAUCUGAUCCCUGAAGACCAGACCCAUCGCACCCAAAUCAUCAGUCAGACAUUAAACCCGGUUUGGGAUGAAACUUUUAUCCUGGAGUUUGAAGAUAUAGCAAAUGCCAGAUUUCAUCUAGACAUGUGGGAUUCUGAUGAAGUUGAAACUGUACGCCAGAAACUGGGAGAAGUAACAGACCUUCAUGGCCUGAAGAGGAUUUUUAAGGAGGCUCGAAAGGAUAAAGGGCAGGACGACUUCCUAGGGAAUGUGGUUCUCCAUCUGCAGGACUUGCAUUGCAGGGAUGACCGCUGGUACAAGCUGGAACCUCGUACAGAAACUUAUCCCAACCGAGGACACUGCCACCUACAGUUUCUUUUAAUUCAUAAGAAGAGGGCCACUAGUGCCAGCAAGAUGCAGCCAAACUACAUCGUCCACCGGCACCUUCUACAGCAGAUGGUUUCUUAUGAGAUUCUUCAGCAUCAGGCUGGCAGCACUUCCUGGGAUGGAGAGCUGAGCAAGCAUGCUAACACAAUCUUGCACCUGCAUGCUACUCAGAAAGACCUUUCAGAUUUUCACCAGGACAUGGCACACUGGCUGGCUUACAGCAAGCUAUACCAGAUCUUAGAGUUCAACAGCAACUGCCUGCUCCACUACAUCACCAGCAUAGAGUAUCAGUGGGUCGAAGGACGGUUGAGGCCUGUACAGCAAACAGAACUGACUGACUCCUUCCAGUCCUUUCUGGCAUAUGGACUUUCUGUCCUGCGGAGGUAUAGGAUUGUCUUCCCAUUCUCCGCUCCCAAGUCUAAAGAGAGGCUGCAGUCUUUGCUCAGGGUCUUGGUCCAGAUGUGUAAAAUGAAAGCCUUCAGAGAAUUUAUGCAAACCUCUGACCUCCAUCAAAUGGUGAAAGAGUCUCUCAAGGCUGGAACAGAAGAGUGGUUUCAGAUGAAGAAGCAGCACCUGAAGCCGAUGGUAAAGACUUCAGAGGAAUGUGGCAAGGCCCUGGUUGAGCUUCUUGCGGAGGUGAAUGCAGACCUCCAGCAGUGUCUCAAAAUGUGGAAUAAAUGUUUCAUCAGUACCAUGAGAGUGGAUCUCUUCUCAAUUGCAUAUCUUGAAAUGCAGGAGCUGGUUUCCUCUCAUGUCCAGAAGCAACUGAGUGAGAUUGACAGCGGUGUGUCCCAGCUCACAGCAGAGAGCCUUUUCCAGCUCUAUCUCAGCCUGCAAGAACUCUACCGCUUGAAGGACUUUGUGAGCGACAGAGAAAGUCCUCUUGAACUGGCAAACUUCCACCAGUGGUUUAAGGAGCUCAUCCCCAAAUGGUUGCAGAAGGCAUACACAAUAGCCCUUGAAAGGACUCAGAGGGCUGUCCAAGUAGACCAGCUUAUGCCAUUGGGGGAGAUGAAUAAGCACAGUACAUCCACUGUGGAUUUAUCCACUUGUUAUGCUCAGAUGGUGAAGACCUGGCAGCAGCUGGACUGGCCAGAUCCUGAAGAGGCUUUUAUGAUCAUGGUGAAAUUUGUUGAGGACAUGUGUAAAAUUGCUCUGAUGUACUGCCGGUUGCUCAAAAAAAGGGCUGAGGAAUUGUCAGCAAACCAACAUGAGGAGGGAGAAGCAGCCAACAAGCUCUGUGUUGUGGUGAACGACAUUGAGCAGCUCCGGAUAAUGAUCUUGAAGUUGCCUUCGCAGUUGGACUGGUCACGUCUGGAGCAGAAGACCAGGGAAGUUAUUGCCCCAGAGCAAUUCCAGAACACUCUCCACCACCAGCUUCAAGCUACUGUCACCUGCCUCAACAACGAGAUCCGAAGUGUGGUCCAGACUCUGGGAACAAAACUGGAUGCUGGAAUUGCCAGGCACAUCCAGGAAUUGUCAGCCUCCAGUGACUCCAAGGACCCAGAGGAUAGCAUCACUCCUUUAAUGAAAUUCUUGGAGCAUGAGCUCCAAUAUCUAAAUGCAAACCUGGUCCAGGAGAAUUUUAACAGUCUCCUAGGGAUGCUGUGGAAUCACACCCUGGAACUGCUGAAAGGGGCUGUAAAACAGAAAACUAGCAACUUGAGAUACUUCAGGAAAUUGCAGUUUGCUCUCCAGAGCUUGGAACUCUGUUUUCAUGCCGAGGGCUGUGGCCUACCAAAGGACACUCUUCAUACUAUCACAUUUAUGGCUCUGGAAAAGGAGUUGGACCUCUGCUCUUCCAGCAGCAAAAGACUAAUUCAGAAAUAUUUCAGUGCCCGAAUCCAGCAGCAGAUGGAGGCUAGUCCUGACAAAUACGGAGCUGUGACCAUUAAAGCCCUCUACCGCCAUUCAGAACAAAAGCUGCACAUUGAAGUACUCAAUGCUGUCAAUCUGCUUCCGCUAGACUCCAAUGGCUCAAGUGAUCCCUUCAUCCAACUCACUUUGGAGCCUCGGCAUGAGUUUCCUGAGGUCGUGGCACGGACAACUCAGUGCAUAAAGAACAAUCUCCAUCCUCUCUUUGAUGAAGUUUUUGAAUUUUUGGUCCCUCCAGAAAAAUGCCAACAAGAUGGGUCAUGCCUGUUGCUCACAGUCUUUGAUUAUGACACCUUAGGAGCCAAUGAUCUGGAGGGAGAAGCCUUCCUUCCCCUCUGUGGUGUUUUGGGACUGAAUGACAUGGAAGAAACUAUCAAUCCCUCUACAGUGCCCCAGACCCGACUGUCUUUGACCCAUCCUGGAACUGCUGGCAAUGAUAUCUUACAGAUUUUGGAGAUCCGGAAAGGUGACAAAGAAGCCCAGGCCUUUGUGAAACUCCGCAGGCAACGGACCAAGCAGUCAAAGGAAUCAGAAUGACAGUUGCUAAACAAGAGGGCAACAAGGCAGAGACUGGGUUGAGGUGCAGCAGGCUCUGUACCACCAUAGCAACAGCAAAUCGAAUUACAGAGGCCAGCCAGUAGCUAUGAGAUUGUAGCAGACAUUUCUGCUGGUGGCUUUGAUGCUGCAAGCAGUGUGAAGGUUUUGUCACUGGAGCUCUGCCAGCGGAGGCUGAUUAACUCUGGCAAGGCAAAAGCUCCCCAGUUGUUUUUUGAUUGAUGUUUAUUUCUAUCUGAAAGGCAACUGGAAGGGGUCCCGUGGCUACAUGAUGGCAAUUCUGAAAACACGGAAAUCCUGUUGAAGCUGCUACUGGCUGAGAAAAUUGUGACCAUGCAUGCACACACAGACACCCGGAAAGGGGCCGUUUGACUAGCAAAACUUGUAAUGAGCCUCUUGUGGACUUCCUGCAGGAAAUUCCUCUCACCAGAUGGCAUGGAAAUCAGGCUGCCUGCUAUUUCUGGAUGCCAAACAAGGAGUGGAUCAGCUUUGCCAAGAGACAUGCCUGCUAAUCUCUGCUAGAAGGAGUGGCAAUUCCUUCUGAUUAAGGACCACUGACCUAAAGGGGAAUUAAAGGGAAGAGCAGCUGGCAAGGCACGGACGUGGAAUCCAUGCCCUCACAUCUCCAUGAUAGCGCCGAUGAUUGCAAAGGCAGCACAGAUGCUGAGGAGUGUAAAACCUUGCAGUUCAAUUUUGUGGGCAUUUUAAAACAACACAACUUAUCAUAGAAACAAAGCUUCACUUCUUAUAUGUGCAAACUGUGCUCAGGUCUAAGGCAGGAACAGGAGAGGUCUGGGUGUCAAAUUUUGAACAGUGGGACUUGCAGCAGGCUGCAUGAGCCCAGAAAACUGGCAAUAUCAUUUUGAGGGGAUAGGAAGAGUGAGGCAAAACAAGAACCCCUCUACUUUGCUUUCAUGGGAUUUCCCCCCCAGUAGUAGGGGCACAUGUGGGCUGCAGGAGUCUCUCUCUUGGUCUGAGGGGCCCUUAAAGGGCAAUCCAGACUUUCAAAGGAUCUCUGAAUUCUUGGCUUCCCCAUUGGCUUCCAGCAUAGUAUUCCCACAAUUCCUGAAAGCUUGGGUGCCAUUCCUUUCACUUUGCUUGGUACUUCUGCUUCUCAUGAUUGUAGUCUUCCAAAUAUCAGCACCAUUUGUUGGCAAGUGUUAACCUUUCUGUAGGGACUGGAGGGGCCUGUCCACUUGUCAAGGGUAUUAAGUACUGCUUCUCUGAUAUCUUUGUCAUGUAACAGAAGGUAUUACAUGAAGCUAAGAUAUGCUAUUUCUGUCACAUUUUAGCAGCUAAAUGGUUAGACCCACAAAUGGAUGUAAAAUCCAACCCACUUUCAAGUAUCAUAGAGGUGUCUUUUUGCAAGCAAAAAUAUUUCCUAUUUUAUAUUGGUGUAAUAACUGUGCAUGUCAGGAAGACACCAUCUUGAUAAAGAGUUUUCAGGUAUCUGAAAGGCAGACUUCUCACAGAAGCACUCCCUGAAAGGUUUGUGUUGGGAUACACUUGUGGGGCAUAUUAUUGUGUUGCAAUUCCCAUCAACCCACACAUAGCUCUGUUGGCUAAGACUAAUGGGAGAUACAAUCCAAUAUUAUUUACUGAGGUUGCUUUAGAACAGUGGUUCUCAGACUGUGAGUCCUAAGGUGUUUUGGUCUUCAACUCUCAGAAAUCCUAACAGCUGGUAAACUGGCUGAGAUUUCUGGGAGUUGUAGGCCAAAAACACCUGGAGCCCCACAGGUUGAGAACCACUGCUUUAUAAGAACAUCUCUGUUCAAUUGCCCAAUUUACUUUAAGUUAUUUUCCUAAUAUAGAAUAUAAAUCUUGAUAUAUUUGGUUAUUGCAGGUUUUUAAAAAACUUUUCUCCUUAUUGUGAAAUGGUUGUCAAAAAAACUAUUGAGAACUACAGAAAACUAUUUCGAGUUUGGAAUGUGCAGCAGUUUCUGUGCAUAAAACAGGUUUAUUGUCCAAAAGUAGGAUUUCCCAACAUGUGAGAAAGUCUUCUAACCAUUUUUCAAAUACUAUUUUAUAUUCGUAAAUGUUUUGAAUAUACAUUAUGUCCUUACCUAAUAAUGCUCACCAUGACAUUUGCAUAAGGUAGCACACCCACCUAUCUCUGAAACAUUUAUGAGCAAAUUACAUAGUACUAAUGAUCAAUCCUUAGUGGUGCACACUACUUACCUUUCUUUCCACUGUGAACAUGGUAGUUAAUGCUUGUUUGUAUCUGAUAUGUCCUGCAGUUAUGCCUUCACAGGAGACACCUUCUUUCAGGCCCCCUAAUGUACCUUUGAGGGGAGCUUUUGGUGAUGGACAGUAUCAACAAUGAAAUUAUAUUUAAAAUGCCAAUGAAGUAAGAUUUUCCUGUGCAAAAGUCAUGCUGAGGUUGUCUUACCAAAGUUUUUUCUUCUAUACAUUACAUCAGGCUUCGGCAAACCAAGGCCCAAGGACUGGAUGUGGCCCCCUGGGCUCUUACUUCGGGCCCUCCUCAUUUUCCCUGUCCUCUCAGCAUAAGGACAUGGUGGCUCACCACAUCCUUAUGCAGAAAGGAUGAGGGAGGAAGCCACACAGCAGAUGAGAGCCCUCUGGAGUACUCAGUCACCGCAUAAGGACCGUGUGAGCCGUCCUGUCUUUAUGCUGAGAGGAUAGCCCAACGAAGGCAUGCAGCAGCUGAGAGCUCUCCGGAGCACUUUCAGCCAGUCUGUCUCGACCUCUUCCUGGCAUAAUACUGAGAAAACAGCUUGAAGAUCGGGAGGAGGAUCUGGGCAGUCACCACGUCUUGUUUUCUUCCUGGCAUAAGGAUGGGACGAGCAGACCCAUCCUUAUGCCAGGAAGACAACCUGAGGCUGACCCAGGCCCUGCCCUGCUCCUUUCCAGCUCCACUCUCUCGGGCCUGUCCCACUCAGCGUGUGUCCGGCUGCCCUCCCGCCCGGCCCAGUCUUCUCAGUUGGGCCCACAACGCGGUCCCAAGGCAAAGAAGUUGGCUCAUGCCUGCAUUCAACCAAUUCUGCAUAUUUUUUCCUACCAUUUCAUUCUGACCAAAUGUUACAACAGUCCUGUAAUUCUCUAACCCUUUGUGGAUAAUAUUUGAAACAAUACCAUUAAUAUUGACUGCCUGCCAAUCCUUUAGUACAAACUAACUUUAAGAACAAAUUUCUUAAUUUUAUUAGACCUCAGAGAAUUUUACACCUGUUUUUUUCUAUUUAGUCAGUUUGCCUUCAAACUCUAUCCUUUAUCAUUUCUGUUUGACUCAGUUCUUUCUCUAAGGAGGACAAUUUGUCUAGAGGAGCCACAUCAUCACCCACUGAAAGGUAGACUGAAUUAUUAUACCAAUUGUUACUUCAGCCCUAGUAAGAUACUAUUAUGGAAGCAAGAUAUGGAAAGCAUAUUUGCAUAGAAAACAAUAUUAUCUGUAGAUCAUAACAUGUAAAUAAAUCACUUGGUAGCCCCA